AAAGUGCAUUAAAAGAAUUUUUUUGUUCGGUCUUCGGAAAAUUUGUUAUUUUAUUAUUUUUUAAAUAAUAUAGUUAAUACUAAAUUAAAUUAUAAAAUGAUUUGUGUUUAAAAAAGAAAAUUUUUACCACUACAUAACAAAAUAUAUUACCAAAUUAUGAACAAUUGUUAAAUUAAAAGCAAAUAAAGUUCUUGAUUUUUCUAACACAGAGCAGAGGGACGGACAUUUCAUUGUCAAUCAAUUUUACUUGAUAAAAAUGACUAAAUAUGUACUAUAAAAAGAACCUAUCAUAGAUAAAUAAAUGAAGAAAUCUAAAUAAAGUAGAACAAAUUCAUUUAAUCUAGUUAAUUAACUGAAUGAAAACCUAAGCAGCAUAAUUAUAUUUUUUUAAUAACUAAACAAAAACACAAAAUUCUACACAACAAAAUAAUUACAACAAUUGCGUCACACAUAUUUAGCACAGAAUUGCAAUUGAUAGCAAAAUUAUAUUAUAAUUCUUAAAAUAAAACGAAAAAAUAAAAGAUAGCUAAACAAGGCAAAAUACAUUUAUAUCGUGUGUCUAGGCUGCAUUUGUGGCGACUGCUACAAGUGAUUGUAAUAAUUAUUAUUAACGAACAAAAAAAAAACUAAACAAACGUCAUGGCCACCUCAACUUCCUCCAAUGCAACUACUGUCACUAUUGGUGCCGGUACCAUGGAAGGCACUUUGAGCAAAUGGACAAAUGUAAUGAAAGGCUGGCAGUAUCGUUUCUUUGUUUUGGAUGAAAAUGCUGGACUACUGUCUUACUAUACGUCCAAAGAAAAAAUGAUGAAAGGCGUUCGUCGGGGUUGUGUACGUCUGAAAGAAGCCGUCAUUGGUAUAGAUGAUCAGGAGGAUAAUACAUUUACCAUUACGGUGGAUCAUAAAACCUUUCAUUUUCAAGCUCAACACAGUGAGGAGCGCGAAAAGUGGGUGCGUCGCUUAGAGGAUACAAUAAGACGUCAUGCAAAUCGUUCUCGCAUGUGGGAAAGUCAGAGUGCAUUCUAUCUUGGUGGUUACAACAAGGACUUGACAAAUAAACGAGCUAAUUAUUUAGAAAUAUUUGGACGUCGCGUCUCAGAAGCCGAUGCCUAUUUGCAAUUAAUGAUUGAGCAGACAAAUACUAUUGAAAAACGUAUUAAUGAUAUAACAGAUCCAAAUGAAAAAGCUAAAUGUAAAGUUAUACAAGACAAUGCCAGUGCCAUGUUGGAUCAUAUAAAACAUUCAAUUGUUAGUUUGCAAAUUGCCAAAAAUAUGGCCCAUCCUAUUAAUGGCAUUUACAAUGGACCUAGUUCUUUGGACAAAAUUAAUAUAGAUACACCAGCUACCGCUUCACCCACUUCGAUAAUGUUACCCAUAAUGUUGAAAACUGAAAUGUCUGGAGAUGAUGAAGAGGAUUCUGUAGGUAAUGUGACAACGGCACCCAUAACUAUGAUUGUUCCGGAGACAUCAUAUUCAAGCAGCGAAGGCGAAGAAGAUUUCUAUGAUGCUAAUGAUGAUCCCUUUACUAGUAUUGGAAGUUCACCGAUGACAUGUGCAACUCGUGGAUUUUCGGUUGAAACAUCACCAACAAAUGAAAAACCACCUGAACAACAAAGUGAAAUACAUCAUAAUAAAAAUGAAUCUACCCCUCCACCCACUGUGCCUGAAAUUGACGAAUAUCAAACAGCCUCCAGUACGGUUAGUGACAUUGCUGGCACAAGUUCACAGGGGGGUGGUGUUGGUGGUAGUGGUAAUGUUGUUGUUGCUAACAGAAAUUCAUUUUCGCACCAAGAGUCCAUCGAUUAUGAUGCCUUAUACGAAGAGGAAGAAGAUACAAGUAUUAGCAUGGAAGCCCAUGGAUCAAUGAUAUCACAUUUAUUAUCACAGGUUAAAAUUGGUAUGGACUUGACAAAAGUUGUACUGCCAACAUUUAUAUUAGAAAGACGUUCCCUAUUGGAAAUGUAUGCUGACUAUUUUGCCCAUCCAGAUUUAUUUUUAAAGAUUGCCGAUUUAGAUAGUCCCCGUGAACGUAUUGUACAGGUAUGUCGUUGGUAUUUAAGUGCUUAUCAUGCUGGACGUAAAAGUGCUGUUGCCAAGAAACCCUACAAUCCUAUAUUAGGUGAAGUGUUUCAAUGUCAUUGGGAUAUUCCUGGUGAAAAUCCCGAUGAGAAUAACGUUCAAGAUGGUCCUAUACCUUGGUGCCGAAAAGAUCAACUGACGUUUUUAGCCGAACAGGUUUCACAUCAUCCACCAAUUUCUGCGUUUUAUGCCGAACACUUUAACAAGAAAAUCACCUUCUCUGCUCAUGUCUGGACUAAGUCGAAAUUUUUGGGCUUAUCGGUGGGGGUUCACAAUAUUGGCGAAGGUGUUGUAACACUAGUAGAUCGUGGCGAAGAAUAUAUAGUAACAUUUCCCAAUGGUUAUGGACGUUCUAUUUUAACUAUACCCUGGAUUGAAUUGGGUGGUUCGGUGGAAAUUAAAUGUCCCCAAACUGGUUAUUAUGCUCAAGUAGAAUUUUUAACUAAACCAUUUUAUGGGGGCAAACGUAAUAAAGUAACAUGUGAGAUUUAUUCUCCCAAUGAAAAGAAACCAUUUGUUUCAAUUGCUGGUGAAUGGAGUGGUUUGAUGGAAGCCAAAUGGCAUGAUACACAUAAAACUGAAGUAUUUGUCGAUGUAAAUCGUAUACCAAUAUUUAAGAAACAAGUUCGACCAAUCGUUGAACAGGAAGAAUACGAAUCAAGGCGUGUUUGGAAGGAAGUAACCGCUGGACUCAAAUUCAAUGACAUUGAAAAGGCUACAAACGCUAAAUGCAAAGUAGAACAAAUACAAAGAGAAGAAGCCAAGACUAGAAAAGAAACUGAAAUGUCCUGGGAACAUAAGUAUUUCAAGCCAGUGGGUGAAAAUUGGAUCUAUACCAAACCCUUAAGUCAGCGGGUUUAUUUACAAGAAAAGGAAAGCAAAAGAUAAUAAAGCUAAAUAAUUACAAUCAAAAGAAAAUAACAUGAAGAAAACAACUCUCUCAUAUCACUAAAUAAAAAAUAUAAAUAAACGAAUGCCGCCAAAUGAAAAACAAACAAAACUAGAAAGAGAAAAACGUAAAAUAAAUGAUGAAACAAAAUUAAAAAUAUGAAAAAAAGACACUCAACAUAAAUCAUUAAUUCAUAUGAUUGUUAUUUAUAAAUAUUAUUAAUUACAUUAAACUAAAUUUAGAAGAAACCAGAAGAAAAACAACAAAAUUAAAAAACCCUUCUAUUUUUAUUAAGGGAAAUUUAGCAAUAAAUAAAUAAAUAAAUUAUUAUUGUUAACAAACAAUCAACACAAUAUUUAUAUAUAUAGAGAAUACAACAAGAACACAAAAAUGUAAAAUGUUUACACACAAAAUUAAACCUAUAAAAUUAAUUAAACAAAACAAAAACACUACAUACAACAAUAUACUAAAUUAAAAGGAAAAGGCAUAAAUAUAGUAAAAAAAAAUACAAUAUUUUCUAUUUAGAAAACCACAAUAAAUAAAUAUUUAAAAAUUACACACACAAAA